GUUGCUAAACGUGUUGCUGCACAUCUAAGCACAGAUCCCUUUAAAUUACAGUUUACAACGGCACAUCCAAUAACUGGUAAACACAGAAAUGUAAUUGAAAGGACGACCAGCCAAAUACUAUCAGAAAUACUUUCACUAUUAUAUCUGUCUAAUUCAGUAAAUCUUUUGUAUUACGAGGUUCUUGACAUUAGUAUUGUAGAUAGAAACUAA